ACUACGUUGAUUCGUUCAGUUUACUUUCGCGAAUCACCAUGGUCGCACGCUCGGCAGCAGUUCUCCUCCUAUUGGUGACCUUCUCCGAAGGUGCCAAAAUUCUUGGUGUGCUACCAAUGGUAGCAACAUCCCACUUCAACAUUGGCGCCGGGAUCAUGAAAGCAUUGGCCAAUGCCGGGCAUGAAGUCACCGUCAUUAGCCCGUAUUCGCUUAAAAACCCACCCAAAAACUACCGCGAAAUAUUGUUAACCGGUUUAAUUGAAGAGGCCGAAAAAGGCGUCGAACAGAACUUUUUCAACUUUAAAAGUUCCGGUGGGUUUAUCGCGCCGAUGUUUAUGUUAAACAUGUUGUACGAAACGUUCUCUGAAUUGGUUUGCAAAUCCGUGUUGAAACACCCGAAUGUAGUCAAUUUGCUCGAAUCAGAUGAGCAGUUCGAUGUGGUAUUCGUCGAGUCCUUUAUCACCGAGUCGCUGUACGGAUUCGCCCAGCAUUUUGAUGCCCCAUUGAUAGCGUACUCAACGUUUGGAAGCUGUAUGUGGACCAACGAUCUGGUGGGAUCUCCGGCACCACCAUCACACGUAGCUCACUUUUUGCUAAGCUACACAGAUAAGAUGACAUUCUGGCAGCGUUUCCACAAUACGGCCAUGACCAUUCUUGAUAGGCUGUACUACGAGUUACGUUAUCUGCCCAAUCAGAGACGGAUGUAUGAAGCAGGAUUUCCCAAUGCUAAAUUGACUUUCGAGCAGCAGAUGAAAAACGUGUCUUUAGUGUUUUUGAAUCAGCACUUUAGUUUAAGUAGCCCAAGGCCUUAUCCACCCAAUGUGAUUGAAGCCGGAGGAGUCCAAAUCGAAGAUGGGAAACCUUUGCCGCAGGAACUUCAAAAAUACCUUGACGAGGCUAAAGACGGAGUCGUUUAUUUCUGUAUGGGAUCAAAUAUCAAGUCGAAAUACUUCCCAGAAGCAAAGCGGAAUGCCUUCCUAAAGGUUUUCUCAAAGCUCAAACAACGCGUUUUGUGGAAAUUUGAAGACGAAUCCAUGCCCAAUCAACCAUCCAACUUGAUGAUCAAGGCCUGGAUGCCACAAAAUGACAUUUUGGCUCAUCCCAAUGUGAAGCUGUUCAUCACACACGGCGGUCUUCUCGGUUCGACGGAAGCGCUGUACCACGGCAAACCCAUGGUUGGAAUUCCGAUCUUCGGGGACCAACCGAUGAACGUCGAAAAAGCCGUUCGCUCUGGAUACGCCGUGCUGCUGGACUACGAUGACAUUACCGAGGAGACGGUCGAGAAAGCAAUCGGUACGGUGUUGAACAAUCCGGCGUAUGCGAGAAAUGCAAAAUUAGUGUCGGAACGAUUCCGCGAUAAGCCGUUGACGCCGAAAGAGACGGUCGUGUUCUGGACCGAAUAUAUCAUUCGACAUCGGGGAGCCCUGCACCUGCGAUCGGCGGCAUUGGAUCUCUCGCUGUUCCAGUACCAGCUACUGGAUGUUUACGCUGUGAUGUUUGUGAUUUUGUUAGUAGUUGCUGCUGGUAAUGUUUACAUUGUGAAACGAAGCUUGCAAAAGAUUUUCAAGCGGAAGUCUUCGGUAGAUAGGCGAAAGAAACGAUCAUAAAGUCGAAAUAGUCAAUGAUGAAGUAUUAAAAUAGACUUUAGGGCUGAAAUUUUACUAAUGCAUCAAAACAACCUAUAGAAUAUAAAAUAUCAUAUAGUUUGUUGUUGGUUGGUAUUUUGAUCAUAGAAAGCGGCACUACAUGUUAAUGAAGGAAAGCUAUACUUAGGAAGAUAAUUGCAUCAGCAAGUAUAUAACUUGACGCAAAUUUCACUUUUAUUAAAUGUAAGCUUAUGUCUGCUAGUGCUACUCACGUUUGAAGAUAUUUUAUAUUUAAUUUUGUCACUAAGAACUACCAUUAUUAACUACUAAUAUCGUUGGAUUGUAUUUCAUUUAUAAGGACAAACCAAUAAAAACCCAUUUAAAAAAAACAUUGAUCCACCUAGGGGCGAUGAUGGUUUUCUCGUGCAUCGUAAAAUCGCAUACGAAAAAUCAAAAAAGCGUGUUUUGAAACAAUCUUGAUUAAUUGUAAGCAAAGCUGGCUGCCAAAACUGCAUCAUAAUUUGCAUGUCAAUUUUAUCGCAAUUGUCCAAGUUUUCAAGCAUGAUUCGAUCUAAAAUUGUUUUCAGGUGACCCUUAAUGAUGAUAUUAAUUGGUAGCUUUUUUCUACAAUACAAAAUAAAAUAAAACUUUUGAUUUGAUUCCAAACACAAUCAAGCAAAAAAAUUGUCAGCGUUGGAAGGAUUGGAGUUUUCUUAAUAAGCUCCACGAAAAACAUUUCACGCAUCCUCACGCAAUCGUCACUUGUUUUUAUUUUAAUAUAGUGAAGUAUGCUAAAAAAAAAGUAACCCUUUUUUUAAUAUUUUAUUUAAGUAUUUAUGAUUUUGAGCGACAGAGUUUGCAUAAUUGGUUUCCUCCAGGUUCCAAAGAAGGGUUAGACUUUUAUGAACGAUCAAUAAAAAGCAUACGCAUUUUUCGGAUGUAAAAGGUUAUUACGAAAUAAA